GGAGAGGGAGGGAAGGAGGGGAAGGAGGAGCAGAGGAGGAGCAGAGGAGGAGAGGGAGAGGUGGGAGGGAAGAAUGUUUGCAGCAGAGAACGGGCUGAAAGGAGACCCCAGGCUCCAGGCCAUCUCCCGGGCCAUCCGGGUCGUCCCCGACUUCCCCAAACCAGGGAUAAUGUUCCAGGACAUAACGACGCUGCUGCUGGAUCACAAGGCGUUCAAGGACACGGUGGACAUCUUCGUCGACCGGUACCGUGACAUGGACGUCUCUGUCGUUGCAGGGGUGGAAGCCAGAGGAUUCAUGUUCGGUCCGGCGAUCGCAUUAGCUAUCGGCGCGAAGUUUGUUCCUUUGCGUAAGCCCAGGAAGUUGCCGGGUGAAGUAAUAUCAGAAUCUUAUGUCUUGGAGUAUGGAACUGACUGUCUCGAAAUGCAUGUGGGUGCUGUCGAGCCCGGUGAGCGUGUAAUAGUGAUUGAUGAUUUGGUAGCCACAGGCGGGACCUUGUCUGCUGCCAUAAAACUUUUGGAACGAGUUGGGGCUGAAGUGGUUGAAUGUGCUUGUGUUAUUGGGUUGCCUGAGGUCAAGGAUCGCUGCGGGAUUAAAGGGAAGCCACUUUAUAUUCUCGUGGAGCCUCGGCUUUUAGAUGAAUGCUGUUGAGCUUCCUAGUCAAAGACUCAAAGGUUGUGCUUGGGCUGAUGAAGAAAAAUGUGAUGCUUGAGCAAUGGUCAGCGAAAAGUGGAUCUCUGCCCAUCUUGGGUCACUGACUCGGGUCCUGUUCCACAAAAUCUGAGUUUCUGCACCAUUUCAUUUGUACUUUUGAACAAAUUAUCAUUAGGAAUACCAUCAGUGGAUCUUGGUUUUUUUGUUUCUUUUAUUGAUUUUUUUCUUUUUGUAGAUUAAAUGCCCAUUUGUAGCUGAUAAUUUUCCAUUUCUGUAGUGGAUGGCAAUUUAGAUGGUGCAGUUGAUGAUUUAAUGUCUAA